GAUUCCUGCUACGCACCUUGUAAUAAACAGUAUGCUGCAAUGGAGGGUUUUUCGAAAACAAGGCGAGACUAUGGUUUGAUUCAAUAGUCUUGAGAUAAUAAUGGACUAACAAUUGAUAAGAAGAUUCAUUGGAUGGUACUAGGAGCAAAAUAAUAGUAACUGUUCAAUUUUAUAGAGAACGAAAUCAAGAAAACAUGUUGCUGCCGCAACCUCUUAGGCCACUUUCAGUGUACAGGAAUUUUUAUCUUAUUCUGCCUUUGCUAUUGCUCGGCAUCAGAGGCAUUUUAACAGCAUCUUAUAGCCGAACUCUUACAGAGAUACUGAAGGAUUAUGAUACUUUGAAGAAGAAACAAAUUAGACAUAGAAUAGUUAAAAGAAGUGCCAGUCAUGGUGGGAUGUAUGAGAGAGAAAUACAUUUCCGUUCACUUGGGAGGGAAUUUGAUUUGCGUAUGAUCCCAGACCAUUCAAUAUUCUCACCUGACUUCAAAGCUGUAUUGAUUAGAAAGAAUGAUGAAGUUGAAGUGGCAGUGGACAAGGAUAGCUUUUUGACUGGUUAUGUUGAAGGUAUUGUUGGUUCAAAAGUUCAAGCACAUUUAGAAGAUGGUAUUCUAAUGGCAAAUAUAGAUUUAAUGGAUGAUUCAUACAUUGUAGAGUCGUCAUCAAGACACAUAGAUGGAGACCAUGAUUUUGAUAUGAUUGUUUACCGGCUGUCAGACGUGCGGUCAAAUUUGUCAAACCCGAAUUUCCACAACAGCAGAAAGCAUCCUUCUUUUUGUGGUGUAAAGGACCCUGGGAAGGAGCGAAAUGCUGAACAUCUGACUCAAUAUACGGCUUCCGAGAAUGAAGAGACUCAUUCCAGGAAUAGAAGAUCAACAUUUUCUACCAUAGAGACAUAUGACACGUGCAACCUGGCACUUGUAGCCGAUUACCUAUUCUAUGAUCACAUGGGACAAGGAAAGACCAGCACCGCCAUCAAUUACAUGCUUUCGGUUAUUCAAAGAGUAGAUCAGAUAUAUCGGACAAUCACGUGGCCUUCAGGACUGAGAAAUAUUGGUCUCGAGGUUCGAAAGGUCAUACUGCACAGUGAGCCAAGCUCCUCCUCAGGACCUGGGUACAAUCAGUACAAACCGAAAUCGUGGGGAGAAGAAGACCUUCUUACUGCGUUUAGCAAAGGGACAUGGAUGGACAAUGAUAUUUGCUUAGGACAUUUAUUCACGUAUCAAGAUUUUGCUGAUGGCGUUAUUGGUGUUGCGUAUGUUGCCAAUGCAAAGGCUGGAACUGUUGGCGGCAUUUGCUCUCCCGUUUACAAAAAUUUUAAAGGGGAGGUAGCAUAUUUAGCUAGUGGCUUGAGUAGCAGCAUGAACUGGGGGAGGAGACUGCUGACGUCAGAGGCUGAUGUAGUAACAGCUCAUGAGUUAGGCCAUAACUUUGGUUCAGAUCAUGACCCUUUCACAUCUGAAUGCUCACCUGGAGAAUCGAAAGGUGGCAAGUUCAUUAUGCACAGUACCUCAGUUUCUGGGUUGAAGCUAAAUAACAAAAAAUUUUCACCGUGUAGCCUGAGGUCUAUUGACAAGGUACUAGUGGCCAAACGAACCAGUUGCUUUAGAAGCAAAGUUGGCCAGUAUUGUGGAAAUAAUGAAGUCGAGAUAAAUAAGAAUGAUCCUUCUAAAAGCGAGGACUGUGACCCCGGCUUUGAUGCCAAGAUCAACGAUACCGACAAAUGCUGCAGUACAAACUGUAAAUUUAAGCUGGGGGCAACUUGCAGUGAUACAAACACUCCGUGUUGUCAAAACUGCAGACCCGCAAGCAAGCUAAAGAAAUGUAGGGAAAGUUUUCCAUUGGCUUGCCAAGGAGAGACAUACUGCGAUGGCGUCAGCACCAAUUGCCCGGAAGCUCCAAAGCUAUCUGGUGUACCAUGCGCCUAUUCAAAAGGAAAAUGUGUCAAUGGUGUGUGCCUCCCAUUUUGCGAGCAAAGGGGCUUGGUAUCAUGUCUGUGUUCCAAGGCUGACGAUAUCUGCAAGAUUUGUUGUUCAAAGUCGAACAGCACAGAUUCGUGUGAGCCGAUUGUCGUCAACGGUACAACACUGAAUCAUAAUGAAGGUGGUCCAUGUGACACCGGAUCGUAUACGGGAUCCUGCUUAAAAGGAUCUUGCAAGAAAACACAAAAGAACGUUUUGGACUACUUUAGCAACUUGCUUGAAGAUUUCACAGCAAGCAAAUUUGCUCGAUUCAUGCAAGAGAAUAUCGUUGGCACCAUUAUGGUUUUCUCCCUCCUGGUCUGGGUUCCUGCAAGCUGUAUUGUUCACUACGUGGAUAAAAGACGUGAACGCGAAGUAAUUGAGAGAAUGGAGUGGGAAAGUAUUCAGAAUUCUGAUCUUCUACACAAGCAGAAAGAAGAUAGAAAAAAGGGUGUUAUAAAGCCAAAGAAAUCUCCUCGAAGACUGGUUGUUCCGAGUUAGUUGCCGACCAUUCCGGGUAUAACUUGAAGUAUUUUGCAAAUUUUAGAUAACAAUAUCCUAACAGGUAAUGCUUUACAUUUUAUACAUCUAACAUUAUUAUGUUGUUGCUACGUAGAUUGUUUAAACUUGGUUUCGCUGUCUUCCUCGUGAGGCCAUUUAAAAUGGUCUCGGUAACCCACAGUGUGGCCUGCGAUUCUCCUCUGCGUAUGAUAUUGCUCAAAUUGCUUGCUGUCUUUUCUUAAUUGUUUUUUAAUGAAAUUAGGGUUAUUCAUAAGUAGCAGUUUGUAAGAUCGUGUUCAAAGCUGAUUUCAAGCCAUAGUAAAGACAAACUGUUCCUUCUGUUGGAAAAGUAGUAAAAUUUUGUGUGUUCAACUCUCAGCUUUCGCUUGAUCUCAAUUUACGUAAAAUAAAAGGGACAGGAAAUUUUGUCAUUUGCACUUGUAUUUCUACUUCUUAAAAGCAUUGUACUUUCUAUCCUCCAAAUCUCAAUCAAAGUUUAUUUUAUGCACUCAAGCGAACAUAUAUUUAAAGCAAUACAGUUAAGUAUUGAUGACGUCAUAAAAACAUUUCUUAGAACAUUUCGAUUCUGUUCGUUUAAUCCGAGAAAACAUUGAAAAAUGGUCCACUAAAUUAGUAGCAAAGCUGUCGAAUCUAGCCCAGUUUCCUGAUAGGUAGCCAGAUGAUGCACUUUCUUUAUCAAAUCACUGUGAUUCAGGCUUCGUCUUAAAGUCUACGAGCCAAGCCAAAAUAAUGGCAAUCUUAUAAUGAUCUGUUGGUCUUUCAACGGCCAUAUCUCAGCCGAUUUGAAGCAGACUUUAAACUAAGGUCAUCCUUACUUUUUCCAGAGAUUUUCAAGAAUCCUAAAAAUAGAUUUUGAUGACUUCAUCAUUCUUAACUCCAUUACAGUAUGUUGUUAUCUAUGCGUGUAUAUUUAUAUCCGCUAUAAAGUUUUAUCAACAGAAACUUUGCUUUUCAUCUCUUGAAAAUGUCCUAUUACCUGUAAUUUGUCAAUAGGCAGAAUAUCACAAGCAUCCUACGCGUGCAGAGCAAA